AUGUCCUGGCAAGCCUACGUCGACAGCAACCUCAUCGGCAGUGGCAAAGUCUCCAAGGCUGCCAUCAUCGGUCUCGCAGGCGGCGUCUGGGCGUCGUCUGCUGGUUUCACGCUCACGCCGGAGGAACAGACGAAGAUCGUGAGCAUGUUCAACAACGCUGAGGAGGCACGGACGCAUGGCAUCCGCCUCUCUGGGAACAAGUUUUUCACGCUCUCCGCGAAUGACCGUAGCAUCUACGGCAAGAAGGGGGGCGACGGCUGCGUGCUUGUCAAGACGAAGCAGGCCGUCCUCGUCACGGAGUACAACGCGCCAAUUCAAGCGGGCGAGUGCACACCGACCGUCGAGAGCCUCGCCGACUACCUCAUCGGCGUCGGUUACUAG